CCCCCCAAAAAAGGUCCCUGCUGACCAUGAAGAACCCAGUGCCGCAGGCGGCCUCGCUGCUGCUGGAGAAGCUGCUGCUCCUGGUCAAUGUGCGGCCGCUGCCCUCGGGCUCCGGCGGGGAGUCCUCGGCUCCGGCAGCCCCCGGCUACUACGACACCAGCUGCUUCAAGCGGGGCGACCUGCUGGAGGUGCCCCGCACGCUCUUCAUCCACUUCGGCAUCUACUUGGGCGACAACCGCGUCGCCCACCUGAUGCCCGACAUCCUGCCCGCCUUCACUGGCGACCGGCGGCAGAUCCAGCAGGUGGUGACCAACAAGCGGCUCAUCCUGGGCGUCAUCACCAAGAUGGCCAGUAUCCGCGUGGACACGGUGGAGGACUUCGCCUACGGCGGCAGCAUCCUGGUCAACCACAUGGACCGGCUCUUCAAGGACCAGGUACUGAGCAGCGAGGAGGCUGCCCGCCGGGCGGAGAAGCUGGUGGGCGCCACGGCCUACAGCCUGCUCUGGAACAACUGCGAGCACUUCGUCACCUACUGCCGGUACGGAGCCCCGGUCAGCUUCCAGACCGACAAGUUCUGUGAGACUGUGAAGAUGAUUAUUCGGGACCAGAGGAGUGUUCUUGCUUCAGUGCUUGUGGGAUUAGCGUCAAUAGUCUGCCUGGGUUUGGCACCCUCCACCACACUCCCCACGAUCUUUAUUCCCUUCAUUCUGUGGAUGGCUGGCUAACAGCCUUCCUGGAGGGAAGGCUGCUCAUGGCCAGCAUCUGUAUAUAGGAUGUACACUACUGUAUUUAUGAAAGCACAGAUUACUCAUCAGCAUUGCAUAAAGUUUCUUAACCUUGUGUGCCAUUUUUUAAAUACAACUUGUCUAGAACACAAGGCAUAGCUUACUGUGUAAGCCAAGUAAUAGAUUUCCUGAAAAUCUCAGUACAUUUUAACACACUUUUAAAUAAUGAAAAAGUAGGGUUGCGAUGCAGUUCUGCUCUUUGCCUUUAGCCAUAAGUGAUUCUGGUAAUAUCCUUCAUGUUCUUCAAUUUCUUAGCUGCAUACUCGGGUGCUGUAACUAUUAAUAAAAAUUGGUGAUGGCAUACCACAAAGUGAUGGGUACGAGCACAAACUGCUAACCUCUUUGAUAGAUACUGUUUAUACUGAAAAGUUACUGUCUCCAUUACUAAAAUACCCUUUAGCAGAGGUAGAAGUAAGUAAACUGACUCUUCUUGAUGGUAAAGAAAAAACAACCCUAGGCUGGGUGCUGUGUAGUGCAGUAGCACGUCUGGCCAGACUGGCUACAGUCCUUUGAGUUCCCUUCUGGGAAAUGCUCACAAAUCUCUCAUUCAUAUUAAUUAUGCAAACAUUUGCUGCUGUAUUGAACAACUUUUUAAUUGGGUUGGUGGUAAGGAAAGAUGGUGAUUCCUCAGCAUUUUCCUUGCUACUGAUGGUGGUUAGUAUGGCUAAAAUAAAUGAUUACAGAGGGUUUAGGGGAUACAGGGGAUACAGCUUGCUUUAUGACAAUUAGUGACCUACAAACAUCGGAAAUUUCCAGUGUAUGGGGCACAUGGUAAGGAGGACAGACACUGAUUUAGUUCCUACCUUCUUCAACUAUGGAACCCAUGUGAGUGCUAUAAUGCAUCAGGGAUCAGUUUCUGUGGUGGCUGUAUUGUCAUUUUGGCUAUUGCCUUGAAACAAGAUGCCUCUCUGUGAAAGAUGGUAUGUCUUUCUAUACUCAGCUCUUGCAAAUAAGUAUUCAGUUGCAAGCCAGCAGUUGGUGCUAAAAAAUGUUUUGUCUUCAAUAUUGAGGCUUUUCCGUUUAUCAAUAAUGCAUAAAAUUAGAUUUCAAAUUGAGCUCAUCUGGACAAUCAUUUGACUGCUAAAAACCUUUGCUAUUUCUUUUCUUAGCAGUGUCUUGAUGUAUGCAAAGAAUGCCUUGCACGAGAUACAUGCACUUGCAGGUUCACGCGCUAUGCUCGCCUUCCUUUCUAGUCAAAGGCGAAUAGGAUGGUUCUUCACCAAGGACUGCACUUCAGAUUUAUCCUUCUUAUGAGUCGUUUCAGUUUCCUGUUAUCAGCUCUGCUACUGAAGUGGCCGCUUUCCCCCAUUUGUAGAGAGAGACUCAUUUUAACUGUGCUAUACGCCCACUUCAUCUUUCCCUAGACCUUACAGCUGUUUGAAGACUGGAUUCUUGAACUGUGAGUCUACUUGGCUGCUCUCUAAUCACCUUUCUUCUGGCUCCUCUGCUAUAACCGACAAAGAAUGUAAAGACUGGGGUGAAAUUCCAGGUUCAUAGGAAAGAGCAGCGUGACUGCUGCUGCCAUCAACCAAGAGGGGAUUUCAGCCCAGCUUUUUCAGUACACGUUCAGUCUGCAGCCCAGCCCCAAAGCAGCUGGAUAUCAAUUACUCUUGGAUCCUUAUAAACAACUUCUCUUCUGCUUUCAAAGAUUGCAAUGCAACUGUAAAUGUGUAACUGUUUCUGGUAAACUUUUAAUAUUAAGGUGUUUUUUAAUUAACAUGAAUUGCUUUUUCAUAGUGUAUGCAUUAGUAAUAUUUUCAUAAAUCCCAGUGUGGUUUUUUUACUUGCUGUGCAUAAGGUAUGAACUGUAGUAAUUACUGUAAUUAUAUAAAUAGAAUUUAUUCAUUUAAAAAUGUCUGCAGGCCUCUUGAAAUUGAGUAUCAUGAUACAGCAUUUCUCUAAGGUAUCCAAGUAGGGGUAUUGAACAGUUUAUUAACAUGCAGUUACAUGGGGUCUGAUUACAGGUGGGCUUUUCUUUUCCCCUUUAUUUACUCAGGAUUUAUAUGAAUUCCAGUAAUUUUUAUGAGUCACUUAUACAAUAAACAACAGGGUCAUGACCAGUAACCAACUUGUAAGUGGGACUGUUGGAAGGCAGAGAAAAGUUCCUGCUCUAGCUUUAGUAUCAAAGGACCAAUGGCUGAUGAUACUGAGCAAGAAGCAUCUGGAUUAGACUGAGAGACUAAAUUGGGAUUCUGCUAGGUGUCUGUAUGACAGAAAUGAAAGCAGGCUUCCAGCAGUAUUAGUAGACAAUUUUCCUUCAAAGUAUAAAGUUUUAAGUUAAUGGGAUACUACAAAAUGGUCUAGAAUGUCUUGCUGCAUCCUUUCAUCAGGGGCAAGUAAUAACAUGGGCAGGGGAAGAGAAAUUCAGCUGCAUGUUUAGGAGUGUUCCCUACCAACUGUAAUUCUAGCAGAGAUCUGAAAAUUUUGUUAAAAGUCAGGCAUGAGUCAAGUCAGUCAUACUGUGAGGGGGAAAACAAGUCUAGCAGGCAUGAAUUCUCAUGUUCAGCUCAGCGGGUGGUGCUUGUGCUCUGAAAUAUUUUGGUAAAUGUCAGUGUCAACUCUUUUUCUGUAAUUACUUGAGUAAAAAUAAGCACUUGCCCUAGGUGGAGCAUUGCAUUUCAGACUUGAGCUCAACUGUGAUGCCAUUGGAAUGAAGGAACUAGUUAUAAUAAGAAAAACACGGAAAACUGUGGAGCAGUUCAGCUGUUUGGAAAUGUGUGUUUCACUUAGAAGUGAAAUUGUUCAUCAGUAACUGUAAGUGACGGUGAUGGGGAGUGUAAAUCUAGAGCUGCAGCACGUUUUGGUGGUGGAGCUGUUUUGAAAAGUUGUGUGGUUAAACUUGAAUAUGUAAUGGCAGAGUAUAACCAUCACCCCUGUGCCACUGGGAAAGGCAAGUAGUGAAGACAUCAAGUUAAAAGGAUAGAUGUGUCACUUCAGGCUUUCCAAAGAAAACAAAAAUAAAAUGAGCAUUCACAAGGCUCAAAAUGUUUUUUUAAAAAAACCCUGUGUUUAAAAAAAAAAAAAGUUGCUAAAUGAAGAAAUUAGAACGGUGAGUUUCUGUUUGUAUUUAUUUUAGCUUGGAACAUAAAUGAUUACUCAUUUUGUGGUGAACAGUC